AUGGAAGAGUACAAAAAAUUGAUCUGGUCCCGCCACAAUCCACGCUCGGAAGGAAAACUCCUCGAACAAGCAUCGAUCGAUUUUGCCGACCAUCACAAUGACAUCUUCAAUCUCCACAUCAAUGAAAUCGAUCCGGUACAUCAGAUCGAUGAAAUAUGCUCUCUGGUGGAUGAAUCCUCCCUCUUCCUGCCCGCAGAAAUGCCAACCGACCCGCGCACCGGGCAGAAAGUACAGCAGCUGGAAGUAAAGUGCACCAAAUCGUUACUCUUCUUCAAUCAAUUUCCCUCCGGUUCGGUGUUGACGCGCGACGAGCAUCAGCUUUGCCUCACGGUACAGAACCGUAUCAACAUGCGCUUACCGUUCAACAGCGCGAAGGAGAAGAAAAACUACGCCCGAUACAUGCAGCUGAUGGUAAAGCUUGCCCCGGAAAAGGAAAUGUUCGAUAGCUUUGUGAAGAAUUACUUCAACACGAACCUGUUGCGCCGUAUGCAAACGAUCGAACCGGAACUGAACGCGCUGGUGGUAAAGGUUUGGCAGGCAAAAGUACGAGAACGGUUGGCGCUGGAGCGUGAGCUAGGUGGCCAGUACGUGCUGAUGACGGUUGUUCCAUUUUUUGGUUGCGCAGAAAACGAGACUAACGUAUUGUUUGAACCUACCGGGGAAGAUGUCCACGAAACUGGGACGGUAAGGAGUCUUUUUACGGAAAAUGUAUUAAAAUCGAUUACGCUUAAAAGGAACGAGCGAGUGCUGGAAGAUUUCACAGCGGAAUGGUGUGCGGUACGGUGUAAGCGGGAUGAACAGAUUGGCAACGUUCGUGCUGUUCUCCAACACCUAAAGGAUGUAGCAUUUGUGAUGCCGGCCGGUGCCUUUACGCUUCUGCUAAAUUAUGCCCAAAACAUGCAGGACCAGUGGACGAUACCGUUCGAAAUUAAGCUGAUCGAGGGGCGGAAGGUCUUAAUCAUGGACAGCAGACAUCCACCGAACAAACUUUCAACCCACGCCAGGAAGGUAAAGGCGUACAAAUUGCUCGUUAAAAGUUUUAUGUCUUUUAAGGGACGAAAACAUCUCCAAGACAAAUCGAAAAGUCCUGUGAAGGAUAUUGAAGAAGAUGCGACGAAAGAAGGGGAAUCAUUCAAACCGCUCCUAUUCGAUGAAUACAUGAGGUCGUUAGCACACAAAACACCACCCUCGGUUGUUAAAGAAAAAAUUCGCGAAAGCAGAUUUUAUCAGGCGUGGAAAUUAAAAGAUCAGUCCAACGAUGAGCACCAUAUGUUGGUAGGCUUUCGGCAGGAUUGUUACGAAUCGUUUCGCAAAAUGCGUGUCUUCAUGAACGUAUCAGUAAAGGUCGAAUAUCAGCCCGAAUUCGGUGCGGAACAGAUGACACUAGCGGAGCUGUUGCAGGAAUGGUGCCGUCAGCUGUUGAGGCCCAAUUCGAAAACGAUGCGAUUGCGUAUCAAUGGUACAACUUCGGCAAUUAUCUCCCAUCGCUAUCUCGAGCUGCGUGACAUCGAGGAAGAACUGCACCGACUGUACAGCGUCAAGCCCUGUAAUUUAAUCACGAAUGUGUGGAAAAUGCUAAAGCUGAUGGGAAAUUUCCCCACCGGACACUAUCUGCUGCAGCGCGAUGGUAAAAGCACCCAGGGUCCUUCGGUGUACGGUCGAAAGGUGAUCGAAAAACCGAGUCAAACGAACAGUGCCGGAGUGUGUCUAAAUUGGGCCGAUCUAUUAAGCCAAAUCCAGUACGAUUGUCCACCGCUGGAGCAGUACGAUUGGAUCCCGAUCGAUAGGUUCGUGAUAACACAACUGCACCGGGUAAAUACAAUCUUCCCGUGCAGUUUUCCACACUGGGCAUCGGUGAGGACGCUCAAUUCCCGCCAGAACCAAAUGAAGCCGAAAGCGGUCACAGAAACGAAACCUACCAGCAAAAAGAAAGCAAGCCCACAAAAAGGCAAACCAGCGGUGGUCAAAGUUCCGACACCAGCGCAGUUGAUGCGCCGGGAGAAGAUGAAGCAACGGAAAAAGCUUGCCAGACAGCAAAAGCUAAAAGCGGAACAGAUCCAACAGUCGCUUAAUCAAUUUGCUCCCUAUGUGGGAUCGGCAAAGCCGGUAGAGGUUAAGGAUGGUGAAGUAACGGGCAAGGACACACUAAUGACGGCGAAAAGUAGCGGUCCAACAGCGGUUGAUUACAGUACGUACGUGGAACAAGCCGCAAUAAAUUCGGAAGAGAAAGAGUAG